ACCCAGGCUGCGGCGCGCAGCAUUGAGCCGUCAUGGUGGGCCAGAUGUGCUGCUCCUCCGGCAGCCCCCUGGCCCGGGCGCUGACGCGGGCGCUGGCGCUGGCCCUGGUGCUGGCCCUGCUGGUAGGGCUGUUCCUGAGCGGCCUGGCGGGGGCAAUCCCGGCGCCAGGGGGCCGCUGGGCGCACGAUGGGCCGGUCACUCCAGCCUCCCGCAGCCGCUCGAUGCUCCUGGACGCCGCAACAGGCCACCUGCUUCUGGUGGACGGCCGCCACCCUGACGCCGUGGCCUGGGCCAACCUCACCAACGCCAUCCGCGAGACCGGGUGGGCCUUUCUGGAGCUGGGCACGAGUGGUGGAUACAAUGACAGCUUGCAGGCCUACGCAGCCGGCGUGGUGGAGGCUGCUGUGUCGGAGGAGCUCAUCUACAUGCACUGGAUGAACACGGUGGUGAAUUACUGCGGCCCCUUUGAGUACGAAGUUGGCUACUGUGAGAGGCUGAAGAGCUUCCUGGAGGCCAACCUAGAGUGGAUGCAGGAAGAGAUGGAGUCCAAUCCAGACUCAGCUUACUGGCACCAGGUGCGGCUGACCCUCCUGCAGCUGAAAGGCCUGGAGGACAGCUACGAAGGCCGUGUGAGCUUCCCAGCUGGGAAGUUCACCAUCAAACCCUUGGGGUUCCUCCUGCUACAGCUCUCUGGGGACCUGGAAGACCUGGAGCUAGCCCUGAACAAGACCAAGAUCAAAUCUUCUCUGGGCUCCGGCUCUUGCUCCGCCCUCAUCAAGCUGCUCCCUGGCCAGAGUGACCUCCUGGUUGCCCACAAUACCUGGAACAACUACCAGCACAUGCUGCGUGUCAUCAAGAAGUACCGGCUCCAGUUCCGGGAAGGCCCCCGGGGGGACUCCCCGCUGGUUCCCGGCAACAAGCUGGUCUUCUCCUCCUACCCCGGCACCAUCUUCUCCUGCGACGACUUCUACAUCCUGGGCAGCGGGCUGGUAACACUGGAGACCACCAUUGGCAACAAGAACCCAGCCCUAUGGAAGUAUGUGCGGCCCAGGGGCUGUGUGCUGGAGUGGAUACGCAACAUUGUAGCCAACCGCCUGGCCUCGGAUGGGGCCACCUGGGCAGACAUCUUCAAGAGGUUCAACAGCGGCACGUAUAACAACCAGUGGAUGAUUGUGGACUAUAAGGCGUUCAUCCCGGGUAGGCCCAGCCCCGGGAGCCGGGUGCUCACCAUCCUGGAACAGAUCCCCGGCAUGGUGGUGGUGGCCGACAAAACCUUGGAACUCUACCAGAAGACCUACUGGGCCAGCUACAACAUACCGUCCUUCGAGACUGUGUUCAAUGCCAGUGGGCUACAGGCCCUAGUGGCCCAGUAUGGGGACUGGUUUUCUUAUGACGGGAGCCCCCGGGCCCAGAUCUUCCGGCGGAACCAGUCACUGGUACAAGACAUGGACUCCAUGGUCAGGCUGAUGAGAUACAAUGACUUCCUCCAUGACCCCCUGUCACUGUGCAAAGCCUGCGACCCACAGCCCAAUGGGGAGAAUGCUAUCUCUGCCCGCUCCGACCUCAACCCGGCCAAUGGCUCCUACCCUUUCCAGGCCCUGCGUCAGCGCUCCCACGGGGGCAUCGACGUGAAGGUGACCAGCAUGUCGCUGGCCAGGAUCCUGGGCCUGCUGGCGGCCAGCGGUCCCACGUGGGACCAGGUGCCCCCGUUCCAGUGGAGUACUUCGCCCUUCAGCGGCCUGCUGCACAUGGGCCAGCCAGACCUCUGGAAGUUUGCGCCUGUCAAGGUUUCGUGGGACUGAGGCUCUGUCCCUGCUCUGCUGCUUUCGCCCCUGCUGACCCUCGGCAGGGCCACCCCGUCCCAAGGCCACCGGACCUCCAACCCCAGCCCCUUCUGGGGGCUUUGUUCUCUGAUACGGGGUCUGAAUCAUCUCCUCCUAGGGUGGGGCACGAACCUGAUGGGGCUCAGAACUGACUCCCUCUCUUCCCCAAGGUGGGUGGGCACCGCGGAGUCUCCUCUGCCCUGCCCUGCAUCUCCCACUCUCUGUUUCUCUGUUUCCUGCUGCUGCUCUCUCGAUCUCAUUCCCACCUCUGGGGCCCCUUCCUCAUGCUUCUCCUUCCUGGGGGUUUGGGAAGGUCCUGGGGUCAGACUCUGGGGCUCCCAUGGGGUGGGAGGAGCCUGUUCCAGCACCUCCCAGCUGCAUUCCCACGGGUGGCCCUGGAGCUGGUGAGUUUUGUCUGGGCAUUGUCUCCGGCUGGCGUUGCUCCUCCCAGCUCUGGCCCCUCUGCUCCCUCAGGAAGCAGUCCCUUCGUCUCCCUUUCUGGACAGCUUCCUUGAGGACAGAAACUUGAAAACAAACACAAACCAAAGUUGCUGGCCAUCUGUGGCUGGAGGGUUCUGAAUGUCCUCUCUCCAUGUCAGGCAGAGGGUCAGCCCCCAUGCUUCUGCCUAAGGCCCCCACCCCACCCCACCCCAGGCCUGUCCCUCACCUCAGGGCCAUGCCCACAGUGCCCUGAUGGAGGAACCAGACUGCAGGCUGUGCCACCAUUAAACAAGAGUGGCUCUGG